UUGUAAAAGUUCAAAAUAGGAAGGAGUGCUCGAGCAUGGCCCUGACGUAAUAUGUGAAUCGAAUGAUCCCUAUGAAUUUUUAACUGCACAAUUUUUAAUCAUCAUUUCAUUUUUAUCAUUUAAUUGCGUAAAUUAUGUGAUUAUAUUCUAAAAUCUAACGAUUUAUUGCUAUAAAUCAUUUGCUAAGAUAAGUGGUUGAUAUUUUCAAACUCGUCGUAUCAAAGAUUAUUGUUAUCUAAGUUUAAUAUUAGUAUUUCCAUCUGAAUUAGUUGGUUCAGCAAAUGAUUUAUAGCAUAUAUAUAUUAAAUCUGCAUUAGUAUGAAUCGAAAUCCGUGACGUAUUUAAUAUUUAUACGCCUUUUUAACAGUUUGAUAAAUAAUUCAGUUUAAAUCAUCUAAUUUUAAAGAUUUUUUAUCAAUGAUUAGAUAAAGCCAUUUUACCGAUAAACGUGCUUUUGUUUAAAUUAAAUUUCAAUUUGUAUUUUAGCAGUGUAUACAGCUGCCCUUAGCAACGAAGUUUACCAGUUAAUUUUGUGGUUUUAUUUUAUUUUGUUUGGUCUGCCUGCUCUAGCAGGUGGCUUCACACAUUUGAAUCUCGCGUGUCUUCUUGAAGAAUGGCGAAACAGUUCUUCAACUACCUUGUGAUUGGGGCAGGUUCGGGCGGUAUCGCCAGUGCUCGCCGCGCUGCACUCCUUAAACCCUCUCUCAAGAUAGCUGUUAUCGAGAAAGCGAGACCUGGAGGCACUUGUGUUAAUGUGGGAUGUGUUCCCAAAAAGGUUAUGUUCAUGACAGCAACAGUUAACGAAGCAUUACACGAUGCAAAGGACUACGGUUUUGACAUCGUGAAGAAAAACAAGUUUGACUGGGCGAUGUUGAAGGAGAAAAGAGAUGCUUACGUCAAAAGACUGAACGGAAUUUACACAAGUAACCUGGGCAAAGACAACAUAACUUACAUACAGGGAGCAGCAAAGUUUACAGGUCCACGUACCAUCUCAGUAGAGGGGGUGGAGUACGAAGGGGAGCACGUGUUGAUAGCAGUGGGGGGCCGCCCCACCAUCCCCAACAUUCCUGGAGCUGAACUAUGCGAUACCAGCGACGAGUUCUUCGAGUGGGACACUUUGCCGAACAAAGUUCUAGUUAUAGGUGCCGGGUAUAUCGCUGUGGAGAUAGCAGGAAUACUACACAAUCUGGGUGUAGAUACCACGUUAGUAGCAAGAAGAGGUGCUAUUCUGCGUUCAUUUGAUCACGAUAUUGGAAAGAAUCUUAUGAGUGAAAUGAGUGAUGCAGGACAAAAGGUCCAGUACCACACAAAUCCUGAUGCAAUUGAAAAGGCUGAAGAUGGUACGUUUACAUUUAAAGGGACAGUGAGCGAGCCUGGACAGGAACCAAAACAGAUAGCUUUGGAGGGGUUCGAGAAGGUGAUGUUUGCUAUUGGAAGACACGCCAAUACAGAAACUCUGGGACUGGACAAAACUGGCGUGAACACGGACAGCAGAGGACAGAUACUAGUGGACGAGUUUCAACAGACGAGUGCUGAAGGUGUAUACGCGGUAGGGGAUGUCUGCGGUAAAGCACUCUUAACACCGGUUGCUAUAGCAGCUGGACGCCAUCUCUCUCACCGGAUAUUCAACAGUGAACCUGACCGGAAACUCAGCUACGAGAAUAUUCCCACGGUUGUUUUCUCUCACCCUCCUAUAGGCACUGUCGGUUUGACACAGGCAGAGGCUGAGGAGAAAUACGGAGCUGCAAAUAUAAAGAUACACCAGAGCACGUUCACUAACAUGUACUUUGCCAUGACAACACGAAAACCGAAAACUUACAUGAAACUGAUCUGCGAAGGAACAGAGGAGAAGAUAGUGGGACUACAUGUAAUGGGAUUAGGAGCGGACGAGAUGAUGCAGGGUUUCUCCAUAGCAGUAGUUGCCGGAGCAACCAAAAAACAGUUUGACAGUACCGUCGCUAUUCAUCCUACUUCAGCUGAAGAAUUUGUCACUAUGAACUGGGGACUGUCAACUAAAUCUUAAUCUUGUAACCAUUAGUAACCACUAGUAACCACUAGUAACCACUAGUUACUCUCCACUCUUUUCUAUAUGAUCUGGGGACUAUCAACUAAAUCUUUAUCUUGAUCUUGGUUUAUUAGUUAGUUAGUUACUGAUCAUAUGCAUAUGAAUAUUUAAGUGAUUUGUUAAGUAAUUGAAUCUGGAAAUUAGGAUGAAUAGUUUGCCCUUAUAAUCACUCCGGCAAUUUUUACAAUUAAUUCCUUCAAACUGAAAUGUUUUUAUUGGCGUCUUUUAGUAACUGUUUUUCAUAAUGUUUUUCAUAAUUUGUCCCCCUCAUUAAUCAAGGUUAACUAACAUGUUCACUGAACCAUUUAUACUGUUUAUUUUGUCUGUGCAUACCCCAUGAUAUUGUGGCCAAUCACAGUCGAUUAAUUAGAGUUCAUUGCAUUCAUUCAUUUUGUGCAACAUUCCUUUCUCUUUCAUGGUGUUUUUGUUCAGCCGACUAUAAUGGAUAUUGUAGUGCUAGAGGUCUAUGAUAAUAUUAUGCGGCAUGAUUUCAUGACGGAAAGUAGGGAACCAUUUUCAGCACAGUUAUUUUAAGUUUUAGCUUAAUUCAAUGACUUAUUAAAUUAUCAAGAUUAUCUUGAAUUGUGAAGAAAAUUAACUGUAAACAAAAUGUAAGCAUUUUGAUGUGUUCUCAAUACUAAACAUUCUUUGUCGCACUGUGAACCUUGUAGGUAUUUUUAUUCGCUAUAUAAGCUAACAUAAUUAAUAUCAUCAUGAUUAUACCUUGAUUUAGACUUAGUUUGUUUAAUUUUUAAGAUUCUGAGAUUACUUAGCUUCGUUUCGGAGCGUUAUUUUUUUGCUUUAAGUUUAGUUGACUUAUAAUUUAUAUGUAUUGGUGAAUUAUUAUUGUAGAUAUCACAAUUGAUGUUAUUCUAGUAGAACAAACACGGCGUUUACU